AUGAAUAAUGAAAUAUUUUCCCAAGUUUUGGGUUAUAUUUCUAUAGCUUGUUGGGUCGUUGUUAGCAUUCCACAACUUUACGAAAAUUAUAAACGAAAGUCGAGCGAAUCUGUAUCGGUUACUUUCCUUAUUUUAUGGCUUUUAGGUGACACUCUCAACUUGAUGGGUUCAAUACUGCAGAACUUAAUAUCAACUGUGAUUCUACUUGCAGUCUAUUAUAUUAUCUCUGAUAUCGUCAUAAUUGCCCAAGUUUUAUAUUAUCAUAACUAUAAAAGACCCGAUGAAAUUGUAAUCACAAGUGCCGAUGAAUCGAUACCUUUACUUCGAACACAACAAAAUUACACUUCCUCUCCCCCUUCGUUUUUUUCCCGACAUAAACAAUUUUUCGGAAUAUUAGGUGGAAUUAUUUGCGUUUUUUUGACCGGAAUAGUUUCCUAUUGUAUAUCGUCUAUAUCACUGGAAUUCAAAAAUAAUGAUGAUAUGAUUUUUGAAAAACAACGAAUGAAAUUUUUACCUCAAAUUUUAGGUUGGCUUUGCGCUGUUCUUUAUCUUGGAUCGAGAAUUCCUCAAAUUAUUAAAAACCACAAGUCAAAGUCUACAGAAGGUUUAUCACUGGCAAUGUUCUGUUUCAGCGUAUUAGGAAAUAUCACUUUUUGUUCUUCAAUUUUAUUUCAUUCAACAGAACAUGAAUAUUUAUUGAUAAAUUUACCAUGGUUAUGUGGAAAUGGUGGAACUUUAUUUUUUGAUUUUGUGUGA